UUAAUACUUAUUUUACGGUCAAUUGAUUUGUUAAUACUGUUGUUGUUGUUGUUGUUGUUGUCCCGUAAAUCAAGUCUGUCAGCCGAUUGUCUCUUGAAUUGGACAAACAUUUUUAGUCCUUAAAGAUUGUUUCAAUAAUUUUGUUGACAGUCAAAGAAGAUGAUGACAUUUGCUGCCAAUCAUAACGAUAACAGUGACCUAAGCGGUGUUGUCGGCGGUGAGCGACACAUGGAUCAGAUGAAAGACUGUACACAAAACAGAGACAUUAGAAAUAUGCGAAAUUUGGCCGAAAAACAGAGGAGAGACAAACUCAACGGUUAUAUCAACGAUUUGGCUAAUACUGUGCCGUUGGUCACCGUCUCAUCCAAACGGCUCGACAAGACUUCAGUGCUCAGACUAUCGGCCGCUUAUCUUAGACUAAAUAAAACGGCGUUGACUCUCCGUAAAAGUAAGGCCAAGAAAUCGUCGUCGACCGGACAGUUGUGGCGACCGCCGAAAUUUCAAUUCAAUCAUUUACGGGCAUUGAUUGAUUCUGUCGAGGGAUUUAUUGUGGUGACCACUGGCUACGGAAAAAUUAUUUAUGUCUCGCAUUCCGUCGAAAACUUUUUGGGUCAUCAAAAUAUUGAAAUGAUUGGCCAUUCCUUGACAUCAUUCCUUCACCCGAAUGACAUAGAGUUAGUUCAAACACAGAUACAGUCAGCACACGAACAAGUCUCUAAUGGAUCUCAAACGUCUGACAAAAUAACAUUUCAAUGUCGUCUUCGUGAGAAAAAUCAGCCCCGAAGUGAAGUUAUGACAUACCAAAUGGUUCAGGUGUCCGGUCAUAUCACCAAUACUAAGGAUGAUGAAGAUCCUGAUGACGACAAACCAGAAAAUAAGAUAUUGUUUAAAGGAUUCGUUCAAAUCAUUCCAACCAAUCCAAUGGCAGAACUGUCUCUAAUGGACGCAGAUUUGGAUGAAUAUGUUUCAAGACAUUCACUCGACGGCACUUUGCUUUUUGCUGAUCAUAGGAUCUCAAAUAUUAUUGGUUUUCUACCAUCUGAAGUGAUGGGUAAUUCAGCUUAUGAUUACAUUUUACCGGAUGACCAUUCAAUUGCACUGUUUGCCCAUAAGCUCAUGAUGUCUAAUAGUAAUGGCACCGGUACUAUUGUGCACCGGUUGCGAACGGCCAGUGAUUCAUUUGUAUUUCUUCAGUCAUCAGGUUGUCUUCAAUAUGAUAAAGACGGACAAAUCAAUCACUGGGUGUGCGUUAGUCGACUUCUAAUUGAGGAUGAGGGCGACAAAGAAAGGGAUAAAUUUGUAAAACGAUUCACUCCUCACAUCUUUAACAUAUCGCCGACAGCCCUCUACGAGUCACUUCAGAUAGUAAUUGGUCCGCGAUCGGGAUCGGGAUCCAAUCCCCCCUCUAACGACCGAUUUUCCAAAUCAUCCAAUUCAACCAAAAUAACUGAAUUGUCAUCAAAUGAAUCACCUCCUCCGCCACCUAUACAGCAAUAUAUACAAACACCAUCACCACAAUCAAUGAUUGGUUCUGUGUCACCAUUAGCCUCAGGAAUAGCAACGAGUCAAUUGUGUGCGCCUACUAUUUCAGGUGAACACUCUCCUCAAAUAGAAACUACAAACACGAUUCAGCCGUCCUUUUGUGGUGGCCUAGUAUCUAAUUUUGCCGGUGCUAAAGUGCAAUCAAUAUCUACAGUACAAUCACCUGUAGUACAGAUCCAGACGCUACCUCUUAUUCCGAUAACACCGACACAAAUAGUAACGCAACAAACUAACGAAUCUUUCAACCGUUUAGAUAAUAAUGUAACUGUUGGCCAAAAUAACUGUUUUUCUAAUAAUAUAAUCAAUUUGAUUGCUCCGUCACCCGUUUCUUUCACAUACCUUGAGACCAAUCAUACUGUACAUACAAAUAUACAAAACAAUAUUACAGUCUCCGAAAUGAGUAAAUUAAGUGCUAAUAACAACAUUUCCGGAUCUGUAGGAAAUGUUAACAUUACCUCAAAACCAUCAAACGAUUUAUCACAUCUAUUAGGGGCCACUGUUCUCACAUUUGACAGCCAACAACGCCCAAUAUUAUCAGUCUAUAGUCCUAUGAUGGCCAACAUUGAACAUCAGAAAAAACAAUCACCAAAUAAACCGCAUCAACAACAAUCACAACAACAAUUACAACAACAAUCACAACAACAAUUACAACAACAAUCACAACAACAAAUACAACAACAGUUACAACAACAACAAAUUCAUUUACAGCCACAAUUUAAUACAAAUCAUGUAAACAUAAAUUUAAAUGUUAACUCUAAUUGUUAUGAAUCAAGUAAUAGUGCGACAAUUAGUCCAACACUGGACACGAGUUUCUAUUCACCAAACGGUAAUCCAUAUGAAGAGCCGCCAACAACUACUGCCACUGAACGCCAGAUCCUCAAUGGCUUUAAUUAUGAAGAAUUAUCUAAUCAUUCAACUAAUUCAUUGUUUAGCUUUUCAUUUCCCAGUAAUGACUCUCAAUGCGAUUUUAGUAUAAUAGAGGAUCAGACGUUUGAAGAGAGAUUAUUGGACGAUCCGUUCCUAUCAUCAGUGGAUGGAAAUGGAGACAAAAGAAUUGGAUUUACAGCAAAUGAGAUGGAAUUGGAUCCGACAGUUGAAAUUGAAACACCAAUUGUUAACAUUCACAAUACAAAAACAAAUCAUUCAAUUGUCUUCUCUUCAAAAACAAACACAAAUUAACUCCAGUUAUCUGUUUGAUAAUAGGACUGACAUUGCGUUUAAAAUUAAGUCAUUAAAGAAAAAAUUGUGUAAUCAAUAUCAAGAACUGGAGUAUUUGAGAGCAGCCCUCAAACUCAACGCAUCUUCACUUUCAUCUAAAUAUAAUACAAAUUCUUUGGCCAUUCAGACAACAAAUACUGUUCAUCACAAUAAUCGAUAUCUUAGCGAUAUUUCCGACAAUGCGACUAACGUAACAAAUUUGUCAAAAUUGGAUCAGUCAUUAAUGACCACUUUGUCUGUGUCGACCACACGACCCGUUGUCCACAACGAAGAGUCAUCUCUAAUGAAGAACUCUUCUUCUAGUCUGUCAUCUUAUAAUAAUGAAUGUCUCGUCGAUUUUGCCACUGAUUCAGACAUGUUUUAUGUUGAAUCUUAUAAAUCUAAUAAUUAAUAAAACAUUUCGGCUCUCAUUUCGAUAUUACUCAGGUAUAAGCAAAAAAAAGUGAUUGAAAUUGUUUAGUUAGAUAUUAAUUGUUAGUACCAUAAGAUUUUUGUCUAUUUGUUUAGUUCUUAAUUACCGUAGUUUUAAUUUAGUGUUUUUUGUUAUACUGUAUAU